AUGGCGGAAGUGGAGCCCAUGUCGACGGAGCUGCCACCGGACAUACUAUUCACGAACAUACUACCAAGGGUGCCGGCGAAAUCUGUAUUACCUUUCAGGUGUGUUUCCAAGCAAUGGCACUCCUUCCUAAGGACGCCUGGGUUUCUCCAGAUGCACCAACUCCAUUUGAAUAGCAAUCAAAAUGGCCAGAUCCAUAAGUUUCUCUUCUUACCUAGCGCAAGACCAUGGGAAUACCUCACCAUCGACUGUGAAACACCUAAAGAUGGUUUCACUGCCAGACGCCCUUUUCCGUUUAAAGUCGGAGUUGGUAAAAAAAUAUUUAUUAUAACAUCUUUGAAUGGAAUGGUAUGCGUAGGCAUUAACAAGCCUUGGCCCAAUGAAACAGAAUACUCUGAUAUAAUUUUAUGGAACCCUGUCACCGGUGACCAUAAGACGUUGUCUAAACCUGGUUGUCCUCAUCCUUACAAGACUUAUUUAGAUCAAUAUGAGCUGUUUUACAGCUCUUCUGAGGACGACUACAAGCUUGUAUGGCUAACCCUCGGUAUAAAUGUCUAUAUAUUCUCUUUGAAAUCCGAUUCAUGGAGAAAGGUCGAGGAGUCAACACCCAACGCUGCUGUUUCAUAUCAUCAUUUGAUCAUGUCAAGUGUUAUGUUGAACGAAAACUUCCACUUCCUCCGUAAAUUUUUUGAUGAGUUUGAAGGAGGUGGUGAAAAAAUAAAUGAUCAAAGGACAGAUUUUAUGGGUUUCAUGGUUUUAAGAGGGUAUAUUCACUUCUGCGUGGCUAUUAUAAAUUCCAUAGGUGAAUAUGAUACGAUCGAGUUGUGGAGGAUGAGCUCUACACAUGCACAAUAUUGGGGGAGGUUGACGACAAAGACACAGCAGUACUUGUCUAGUUAUGAUGCUGACGACAACCAAGAACUGCGCUGGUUACUGAGGAAUGGACAUGACCUACUGCAUUGGAUGAGGAAUGGAAAUUGGCUCAUGUAUUCUAGAGGGGGAGAGUAUGUUGAUGCACUAGAUACGAAGAAGCAUACCAAAGAUAUCAUGUGCUCCAUUAGUUACGCUUUUCGUCCAAGUCCAGGAGGGAAAUACAUGGAGACUCUUGUGUCACCCAAUCUAUAUAUGAACCUAGCUUUGGUCUUCUUUUUAACCUAG